AUGGCUCAAGACAAGGGCCCAACUAUCCUCAUUGUGAUGUGGACGACCACUUCAAUUGCAACACUAUUCGUCGCUGCAAGGUUGUUCACACGAAUCAGAAUCUUAAGGAAUAUUGGCCUCGAUGAUUACUUAAUUGCAUCGUCCAUGGUGAUUGGCCUUCUAUUUGUCAGUCUUGCAACAGCCGCUGUCACAGCAGGUGAUGGCAAGCAUGUUUCUGCGCUGUCACGUUACCGUUUCGAAAGAGCAGCGAUGUUAAACACGGCGGCCCCAAUGAGAGCCAUGUGGACUUCCGGCCUAGGAAAUUGCUGGAGUCCAAGUGUCGUGGUGGACUAUUCUAUAUUCGCAGGAGGUAUUUCGACGCUACUCUACCUACCUACCCUGAAAUCAAGUCUGACUAUGCCGAUCAGGAGAAAAGGCCUGCUCCUCAUUGCCUUCGCUUUAGGAUCCUGUGCUGCUAUUGUGGCUGUUGUCAAAUGUACCCAUAUUCCAGGACUAGCAGACGAAUCCGACCCAACAUAUAGUACAUCAGAACUCGUCAUCUGGACUAAUGUCGAGUCGAAUUCAAUCAUCAUCGCCGCCUGUAUUCCCACUUGCAUCCCUCUUCUCGAGAAGUUAUUUUACAAAAGAGGUGCCAACGGCUUCCAUAAUCAGCAGGUUGCGUAUAAUCCUAAACCACCGCGGCCACAGAACAAGGAAUUCUUGUUCCAGGCAUCCAGGCACGCUGUGGAUACUGAAAUGGAAGUGUCCAGAAUUCGAAGAACUGAUGAGAUUAUCAUUGCCAUUGAAUAG